UGCGUUGCCCCAACAGCGAGUCUCUCUUAAACCCUCAAUUAGGGCUUUUCCCGCCCUUGAACACUCUUCUCCCACCAUUUGCUCAAGGGGAGCAGAAAGGAGCCUCCAAUUUUCUCAAAAUCUCCAUUUUCUUUGUGCAUCAACGAAGACGGGCAAUGGUGUCACCCAAGCAACUCUUAUCGGUAAUCGAAUCGACUUUACUGGCGCGGUCUCCGCCCACAGCGGCCCAGAGAAUCGAGCUAAUUCACGCCAUUCGGCAAUCUCUCCCUUCCUUCAAGGCUCUACUCUCCUACCCGCCUCCAAAGCCAUCAGACAGAGCUCAAGUCCAGUCGAAAGAAGUGAGACUGCCAGACGCUGGUCCAAUCUCACUUGACGAUCAGGAUGUUCAAAUAGCUUUAAAAUUGAGUGAAGAUCUCCAUCUCAAUGAAAUAGACUGCGUGCAUUUGAUUGUUUCUGCCAAUCAAGAGUGGGGAUUGCUAGGUCGAGAGCCAUUAGAAAUUUUUCGUCUUGCUGCGGGACUUUGGUAUACAGAGAGAAGAGAUCUACUGACAGCAAUUUACACACUAUUGAGGGCUGUUGUUCUUGACCAGGGUCUUGACGUUGAUCUUGUUACUGACAUUCAAAGUUAUUUGGAAGACCUCAUUUCUUCUGGGCUUAGACAGCAUUUGGUUUCACUCAUAAAGGAACUCAGUAGAGAAGAGCCAAGGGGUUUAGGCGGGCCCAGUUGCGAGAGCUACUUUCUUGACUCAAAGGGUGCUCUAGUGGAAAGAAAAGCUGUGAUUUCUAGGGAAAGGCUCAUUCUUGGUCAUUGCCUUGUUCUUUCAAUUUUGGUCGAGCGACCGAGCUCUAAAGACAUCAAAGACAUAUUUUCUGCUUUGAAAGAGAGUGCCGCGGAACUCAGUGGGGGUUUGGACUCCUUGAAGCAUCAGAUAGCAUAUAGCCUUCUAUUCUCUCUUGUCAUCGCUUUCAUAUCAGAUGCUUUGAGCACAGUACCGAACAAAGCGCCUGUCUUGUCCCAGGAUGCUUCUUUUAGGCGUGAAUUUCAUGAGAUUGUGAUGGUUGCUGGAAAUGAUACUGUAGUUGAAGGCUUUGUUGAUUGUGUAAGGCUUGCAUGGGUUGUACAUUUGAUUAUGGUACAAGAUGGAAAUGAUGCAAAGGAGGCACUGACUAGUACUUUGUCUAAUGAUAUGAAAAGUGUUUGCUCAUGUUUGGACGUUGUUUUUGCCAAUAACGUUUUCCAGUUUUGGCUGGAUAAGAUCUUUCAUACAGCAGCAUAUCAGAAUGAUGAUGAGGAUAUGGUCUACAUGUACAAUGCUUAUCUUCACAAGCAAAUGACAUGCUUUCUUUCUCAUCCACUUGCCAGAGACAAGGUAAAAGAAGCAAAAGAGAAGGCUAUGGCUAUGCUUAGUCCGUACCGCCCUGCUGCCACACAUAAUCAGAUGAUUGAAGGCAGUGGCCAUCCUCAAGAAACUUACGAAACUGUGCGGGAGCCUUUUGUCUCCCUUUUGGAGUUUGUGAGUGAAAUUUAUCAGAAGGAACCUGAGCUUCUGUCUGGUAAUGAUGUUAUUUGGACGUUUGUGAAGUUUGCUGGUGAGGAUCACACUAAUUUUCAGACACUUGUGGCAUUCUUGAAAAUGCUAAGUACCUUGGCUUGUAAUCCAGAGGGAGCAUCCAAAGUUUUUGAGCUGCUUCAGGGAAAAACAUUCCGCUUGAUUGGGUGGAGUACCUUAUUUGAGUGUAUAUCCAUUUAUGAAGACAAGUUCAGACAUUCUCUUCAGAGUCCUGGAGCUGUAUUACCCGAGUUUCAGGAAGGAGAUGCCAAAGCUCUAGUUGCAUAUUUGAAUGUUCUAAAACAGGUUGUGGAAAAUGGGAAUCCUAUUGAAAGGAAGAACUGGUUUGCUGAUAUUGAGCCAUUGUUCAAGCUCCUGAGUUAUGAGAAUGUGCCUCCGUACCUCAAGGGUGCUCUGCGUAAUGCCAUUGCUACAUUUGUCCAAGUAUCUCCUAUUAUGAAAGAUACAAUUUGGAGGUACUUAGAGCAGUAUGACCUACCAGUAGUUGUUGGCCUGAAUGUUGGGAACAGCGGAUCCGUGAUGGACACACAGGUUUAUGAUAUGAGAUUUGAGUUAAAUGAAGUUGAGGCACGGAGAGAGCAGUACCCGUCAACUAUAUCAUUUAUCAAUCUGCUUAAUUCUCUUAUAGCUGAAGAAAGAGAUGUCAGUGACAGAGGACGUAGAUUCAUUGGAAUCUUCAGAUUCAUAUAUGAUCAUGUAUUUGGUCCAUUCCCACAGAGAGCCUAUGCAGAUCCUUGUGAGAAAUGGCAACUAGUUGUAGCUUGUCUUAAGCAUUUUCAGAUGAUGUUGAGCAUGUACGAUGUUGGAGAUGAAGAUAGUGAUGCUGUUACUGAUCAAUCUCAUAUUUCAGCGAUGGGGCAUUCUUCUCCUAUUCAUAUGCAGCUUCCUGUUGUAGAAGUUCUGAAGGAUUUUAUGAGUGGGAAAGCCUUGUUUCGGAACAUAAUGGGUAUUCUUUUACCAGGAGUCAAUUUUCUAAUCACUGAACGUACAAAUCAAAUUUAUGGGCAGCUCCUUGAAAAGGCUGUUCAGCUUUCUUUGGAAAUCAUUGUUCUUGUUAUGGAAAAAGAUGCAAUUGUUUCUGAUUUCUGGCGUCCUCUGUAUCAGCCUUUGGAUGUUAUACUCUCUCAAGACCCUAAUCAAGUUGUAGCUUUACUGGAAUAUGUCAGAUAUGAUUUUCAGCCGCAGAUUCAGCUUUGCUCCAUCAAAAUCUUGAGCAUUCUGAGUUCUCGUAUGGUUGGGCUUUCACAAUUGCUUUUGAGAUCCCAUUCUGCAAAUGGUUUGAUUGAGGAUUAUGCUGCCUGCUUAGAGCUACGAUCUGAAGAGUGUCAAAUUAUUGAGGACAGCAGUGUUGAUCCUGGUGUACUAAUUAUGCAACUGCUUAUUGACAAUAUCAGUAGACCAGCACCAAAUAUCACUCACCUAUUGCUUAAAUUUGAUGUUGAUGGCCCUGUGGAGAGGACAUUGCUUCAGCCAAAAUUUCAUUACAGUUGUUUGAAGGUCAUUCUUGAUAUGUUGGAUAAGCUUUCGAAGCCUGAUGCCAAUGCAUUGCUUCAUGAAUUUGGUUUUCAGCUCCUUUAUGAAUUAUGCGUGGAUCCACUAACUUCUGCUCCUACUAUGGAUUUAUUGUGUUCCAAAAAGUACCAAUUCUUUGUCAAGCACCUGAAUUCAAUUGGUGUUGCUCCCCUUCCUAAGAGAAAUAGCAGCCAGGCACUUCGUAUCAGCUCACUGCAUCAGAGAGCAUGGUUGCUGAAGCUUUUAGCCGUUGUAUUACAUUCAGCGGACAUGAUAGAUUCCAAUCAUCGUGAAGCAUGCCAGAGUAUUCUCAGUGAGAUUUUUGGCCAGAGACUGACUGAGUUUGGCACUCAUUAUGUUGCAUCUUCGUUUCUCCCUCAAAGUGAUGAAAAAAGUGCCGCAACUGGUGCUAUUAACAAGAUUAAGGUGCUGGAAUUGCUUGAGGUAAUCCAGUUUGAAUCUCCUGAUAUCACACUGAAGUCUUCUCAGUUUGUGUCUAGUUUAAAAUAUUCAUCUCUGGCUGAAGAUAUACUGACUAACCCGACAACCUCGGGAGCGGGAAUCUAUUAUCAUUCAGAACGUGGGGAUCGGCUUAUUGACCUAGCUUCUUUUAGAGAUAGCCUUUGGCAGAAGUGCAAUUUGUAUAAUUCCCAGCUUAACUCGGGUGAAGCUGAGUUGAAUGAAGUAAGAGAAGCAAUCCAACAACUAUUGAGAUGGGGAUGGAAAUACAAUAAGAACCUUGAAGAACAAGCUGCCCAGCUUCAUAUGUUAACAAGCUGGUCUCAGAUUGUUGAGGUUUCUGUAUCCCAGAGGAUUUCACUCCUUGAAAACCGGUCUGACAUAUUAUUUCAGUUGCUUGAUGCUUCCUUAAAUGCUUCUGGUUCCCCCGACUGUUCCCUGAAAAUGGCACAGAUAUUGACCCAGGUUGCUCUCACAUGUAUGGCCAAACUGCGUGAUGAAAGAUUUGUCUUCCCCAGUGGCUUGACUUCAGAUACAGUUACAUGUCUUGACAUUAUUAUGACUAAACAAUUAUCAACUGGGGCUUGCCACUCUAUUUUGUUCAAGCUCAUCAUGGCAAUUCUUAGACAUGAAUCUUCAGAAGCAUUAAGAAGGCGCCAAUAUGCUUUGCUUCUGAGCUACUUCCAGUACUGUCGGCACAUGCUUGAUUCAGAUGUUCCAACAGCAAUUCUGCAGUUUUUGUCAGUUGAUGAGCAAGAUGAUGGAGAUUUUGAUCUAGAAAAGAUUGAUAAAGAUCAAGCUGAAUUAGGACAUGCAAACUUUGCAAUCCUUAGAAAGGAAGACCAGGCCAUUCUUAAUCUGGUCAUAAAAGACGCUACUCAGGGCAGUGAAUCUGUAAAAACUAUGUCAUUGUACGUCCUAGAUGCAUUGAUUUGUGUAGAUCAUGAGAAGUUCUUCUUGAGUCAACUUCAGAGCAGAGGUUUCUUGAGGGCUUGCUUCAUGAACAUCAGUAAUUUUUCAUAUCAGGAUGGUGGAUUUUCUUUAGAUUCUAUGCAGCGUUUGUGCACCCUUGAAGCAACACUUUCUUUGCUGCUGAGAAUUAGCCACAAAUAUGGAAAGUCAGGGUCAGAGGUUCUUUUUUCAAUGGGUUGUUUGCAGCAUAUCUCUUCAUGCAGAGUUCUACAUCUUCCAAUGAAGGGAAAUUUUCGGCACCUUGACACCAGGAUUGGGAAAAAUUCUGUUGAUGUUGAUAAACAGCGCAUGGUGGUUGCUCCAGUUCUGAGAUUCGUGUUUUCAUUAACCUCACUGGUUGAUACUUCCGAGUUCUUUGAGGUGAAGAAUAAAGUUGUCCGUGAAAUUAUAGAAUUCAUUAAAGGUCAUCAGAUGCUGUUUGAUCAAAUUCUCCAGGAAGGUUUAUUGGAUGCUGAUGAAUUAACCAUGGAACUAGUCAAUAUUGUUGUGGGUAUACUUUGUAAGGUUUGGCCAUAUGAAGAGAGUGAUGAAUAUGGAUUUAUUCAAGGGCUCUUUGGGAUGAUGCGUGCUCUUUUUUGUCGUGAUCCAGACAUUUUCACUUCUAUACAAUCUGGCCAAUCAGAGAUUCAACAGAAGGCUGAUGUGAGCAUAUCGCGCCUUUGCUUUAAUUUGAGCUCUUAUCUUUAUUUUCUUGUUACAAAGAAAUCCCUAAAGCUACAGGUUUCUGAUAGCCCUUCCGAUUACCGUACUGCUGCAUCCCAGCAGCCCACACUGGCUUUGCUUGUUUCUUUCCUUGGUUCCCUGUCAACUGCACUUGAAAGAGCUGCAGAGGAAAAAUAUUUACUACUCAACAAGAUUAAAGAUAUCAACGAGUUAUCAAGGCAGGAAGUUGAUGAAAUCAUCAACUUAUAUGGAUCUCAAGAUUGUGCUUCAUCCUCUGAAAAUAUACAGAAAAGGAGAUAUAUCGCAAUGGUCAGCAUGUGUCGGGUUGUUGGACAGAGGAGUCGACUUAUCAUGCUGUUGCUUCUACUUGCAGAAAAUUUGAUGAACAUUAUUCUUGCUCAUUUCCAGGACAGUCACUCUAAGAAAGGAAUUGCAUAUGACACCAGACUUGGUACUAAAGAGGACUUGCAUUUGCUUUGUGGAGAACUAAUUCCAGUUCUUGAAAGACUUGAACUAUUGAGCGAGGAGAAAACAGGGCACAGCCUAAGAGUUUUCCGCAGGUUAGCCCGGUCAUUGAAGGAAAUGUCGAUUCAGAAGCUCUAGCUAUCUAAUAAACUUGUGUGUCAAUCAGUUCUAUGUUGUCUAGUUCAUCUGAUCCUUUGAUCCUUGAAGCUGAAUAGUAGAUAUAUGGUGUAUAAUAGCAAAAUGUCGAUCUUAUUUAUAAUUUAAAUUAAGUUUCAAAUUGUCCUUAUUGUUCUUAUAGUUUAUAAUAGGGAUAGUUUCACUUGUCGGCUAUUCCCACACAUCACGUCUUAAUCGGGAAAUUUUGUUUCUUAUCUCAGGGUAUCAAUUGCCUUAUUUCUGUACUGAAUAUUGUGAGAAAUAUGAUGAUGUCAUCGCAAUUCCUUUUA